AUGACACAUCCGGCAGCCUCCAUUAGUACAAAUACUGCCAUCGAGCGUCUGCUGUGCGAGCGUGUCUUGUCGAACGCCAACGUGCAUGCGGAGGCCCUCAACCUGAACGCCCAUAUCAUCAAUAUUCAGUGCAAGUCUGUGACUUCGCAGUUGCUGAGAGCGGAGUGGACCAAGCGGGAGUCGGUCGCCUUCAUCAAGUCCGUACUGGACCGCCCGUCGCUACACGCCCACCUAUCGCAAGCACUAAUCGAGGUGCUCAAGCAGAGCUUCUACCCGCGCUGGUUUGUGGGUCAGGGCAAUUUCCAGUUGAAACGCUUUGAUGCUAGUGUCGACGGUGACGGAGUUCAGUCGCCUAAGGAAUCGGUGCCUCGCUUUAUAUAA